UUACAACUCUUUUUUUCCUAUUUCCUGAUUUAUCCAUCAUCAACAAACGCAUUUAUCUCUCCGCAAUUUGCCAUCGAUACCAUACACUUUCCAUCAAUAAAAACAUCACCAAAACACAUCUAAACCUCAUUCAAGAUGACUGGACGCGGCAAGGGCGGUAAGGGUCUCGGAAAGGGAGGUGCCAAGCGCCACCGUAAGAUUCUUCGAGACAACAUCCAGGGUAUCACCAAGCCCGCUAUCCGACGUCUCGCCCGUCGUGGUGGUGUCAAGCGUAUCUCAGCUAUGAUCUACGAAGAGACCCGUGGUGUCCUCAAGUCCUUCCUCGAGGGUGUCAUCCGUGACGCUGUCACCUACACCGAGCACGCCAAGCGCAAGACUGUCACCUCGCUGGACGUCGUCUACGCCUUGAAGCGACAGGGCCGCACCCUGUACGGUUUCGGUGGUUAAGCGUUGUGUUCUGUGUACCUUUUUGGUUGGCUGGCUGUUCAUAGUAAUCAUUCCCAAUGCAAGUUAGUGGACAGCAGCAACAGCAACAGCAGCAGCAGCAGAGCAAAUCGCGUAAUGGACUAGGGAUUUGUGUUUAUUACAUUAAGGAUUAUUGGCAUGAUACACAUUCUGACAUCGGCGUUGGUGGUUUAUGUUACGGUUCAUGGUCGCGCGAUGACUUUUGAGAGAUGGCGUCUAAGGAUAGAUAGCCUAUGAUAGUGCUACGGCACGCUGAAUAUACUUGCAUCGUAUUGCACCUUGCUGUUAACAAA